AUCACAACAGCUGUCACAUUCGCAGCAUUCAGGUGCAACUUUCGUUUUGUCAACAUCAGAAGUGCUUUAGUGAGAAAUUGGUGAAAAAUCGAAUUUUAAACUAUUUAAAGGCGACAUUUUCCCGUACAAACUAAUGCGAAAGGCUAUUGAUGUCCAGCAAGAAGUCCAAAGAUCCGUGUAAAGUUUCGGCCUGCAGAAUCCAAACCUGUCUAAAAGAACACAAAUUCGACGAAACGCGCUGCUACGAUGUGCUGGAGGCUAUGCGCCAGUGCUGUCUAAAGUGGCACCAGGUAUCGCUGUGUUGUUCCGGAAUCAAGCUGGACCGUGACUAUCUGGCGGACAAGGAAGCCGCCGAUCGCGAACGGGAACAACAGCAAAAGAAGCAGCAGCAGUAGCAGGAGUAGCGGCGGUGAUGAUCAACUACGAUCCGCGGCGGCGCGUUCUUGUCCCCAAGCGUAACUGGUUCCAGCGCAACCCGCGCGUUUGGUCGUCGGCCUUGACCGUGUCGGCGCUGUUGAUCUUCUUCUCGAAGCCCCUGUACGACGCGUUCAUCGCGGAGGAGAACCCGAACAAGCGCGAGCUUCGGUCGUUCCGGAUUGGGCCCAAGUGAAGUGACGAGGAGGAUGGAAUCGGUGCGGAAGGCGAACCAGAGAUUGCGCAACUAUCCGGUGCUGUUGGCCAAGUGUUCGGUGGCGGCCGCCGCGUACGCCACGUGUGUGACCACGGAUUUGAACGUGGCCCAUCGGGUGUGCGAGAAGGAGUUUCAGCAGUUUCAGCAGUGUUUGCAGAAGGCCGCCCGGGAAAUGGGCACGAAGCUGUGAAAUUGUUUUGUGGACAAUGCGUUUUUAGUGAAUAGUGAACGAUUAUUUAGACUAACAGUUUAGGUGGGGUAAAACGAAAGAAAGCAAUCUACUAACAACUUAUCAUUGUAAUAAAUUUAAAUAUGUAAGUAUCUUCA